GACCGCCGUUUGACUCCAGACCCCGCCCCCUCCACCAAUCGGUGGCAAGGGUUGCGUGAAAUCGCCGGUCUCGCGCGCCCAUUUUAGACGGACGCUGACCGAGACAACCCCGGCGAUCCCCACACACACAGACACAGACACAGGCGGAGAGGCCACAGCUCGGCGGCAAGCGGCAGCCAGCCCAGACCAGAGCGAAAACCCACCGUCCCGGCACCCAAUUUUGAACCGCCGCGACGCUCCCAAGUCCCAACCAAAUCCACGAUCCCUCCGACCGAACCGAAAUCUCCGCCUCCCUGCCCUGCCCGGCCUAGGAGGAAAGAAACGCACGCACCCACGUCCCCGCGCCAAAGGGAAACCGUCGCCGCGUCGAGAGAAACUGAAGCGGAGCAGAGGAGGAGAGGCCGAAGGCCAGGAGAAGGAUUCCCGGCGGCGAUGGAGCGGUACCAUCCCUCCGAGGUGUACGAGCUCUUCGUGCGCCACAUGAACACCCCGAGGGUGGUGGUGGACAACGGCGUGUGCGCGACGGCGACGCUGGUGCAGGUGCACAGCGCGAGGAAGCACGGCGUGCUGCUCGAGGCGGUGGCGGCUCUGUCCGACCACGGCGUCUGCGUCCGCAAAGGCUACAUCUCCUCCGACGACGGCCGCUGGUUCAUGGACGUCUUCCACGUCACCGACGCCUCGGGACGCAAGGUGGCCGACGCCGACGCCCUGCUGGCGCGCCUCGAGUCCUCGCUCACCGCGGACGCAUUGCCGCCCCGCACACCGCCCGCCGCCGCCGUGGGGAAUGGGGCUGGGCCCGCGAUGCCCACCCUGCUCGAGCUCGUCGGUGCCGACCGCCCGGGCCUCCUCUCCGAGGUCUUCGCCGUGCUGCACGACCUCCGCUGCGACAUCGCCGACGCCAGGGCGUGGACGCACGGCGGCCGCGUCGCGGCCCUCGUGUUCGUGCGCGACGUGGAGACGGGCGCGCCCAUCGACGACGCGGCGCGGGUCAGGCGCGUCGAGUCCAGGCUAAGGCACGUCCUCCGCGGCGGCGCGCUCGGCGCCAGGAUGGUCCGGGAAGACGCCGCGGCCGUCAACAUGGACCGGAGGCUCCACCAGCUUCUCAACGAGGACGGGGAGGCGGAGUGCCGCGCCGACCAGGCGGACGCGACGGCGGUCGCCGUGCAGGAUUGGGGGGAGAGAGGGUACUCGGUGGUCACCGUCAGCUGCCGUGACCGGCCCAAGCUGCUCUUCGACGUCGUCUGCACCUUGACGGACUUGGAUUACGUGGUGUACCACGGCACGUUCGAUACGGACGGCGAUCACGCCCAGCAGGAGUUCUACAUCAGGCGGUUGGACGGGCGGCCAAUUAGCUCGGCGGCCGAGAGGCGGCGCGUGAUCCAAUGCUUGCAAGCGGCCAUCGAGAGGCGCGCAUCCGAGGGCGUGAGGCUGGAGCUGCGCAUCACCGACCGCCGCGGGCUGCUCGCCUACGUCACGCGCGUGUUCCGGGAGAACAGCCUCUCGGUCACGCACGCCGAGAUCACCACCAGGGGCGACAAGGCCAUGAACGUGUUCCACGUCACCGACGUGGCCGGCCGGCCCGCGGACCCCAAGACCAUCGACGAGGUGAUCCAGAGGAUCGGCACGGAGAGCCUCCGGGUGGACGAGGAGCGGUGGCCGCGCCUGUGCUCGACGGAGGGCGACGCGGGCCGCGGCGGCGGCGGUGCGGGGAUCUUCUCGCUCGGGAGCCUCGUGAAGAAGAACCUGGCCAGCCUCGGCCUCAUAAGAUCCUGCUCGUGAGGACGCCAUCAAGGGGGGGGCACGUGCUUGCUCGAUGGGAUGGAUCCUUGUGUAAAUAUGGGAUGGUGCGUGGGUUAGGAUGUAAAUGGAGUAGGAUUUUUAAUUUGCCGUUUCUAGGUUUUAGUUGCCACGUGUACAUAGUAGCAAGUGGAGAUGGAAGGUUUUAAAAGUUGCUGGUCGGCAACAGCUUGGAGCUUAAUGGACCUCUCUGGUGGGUCAUGCCACAUUGCCAUGCCAUUUAUCUAUCAUUCUAACUUUUUUACAUAAAAAUAGAUGGAUGGAAGAAAUAUAAUAUAUCCAUGUCGAGUUCUAAGUA